CCACGGUUCGCGGUAAUCUUCCCCGGGCGUAGGGAAGGGAACGAAAUGCCUGUUCUCGCAAGUAUUCUGUGCCGAGAUCAUCGCCGAGUCGCCUGACGAUUUCGCACGGCACGUGAACGCCUGCAUAUUCGCAGUUAUGCGCUUCCAUUGUCAAAAUAUAAGUGCUUUAUGGUGAUAAUAUGUCAAAACCAAACAUAAGGAAGAUAACGGCUGACCCUACGAAAUGUAAUACAGACUCUUCACGACGGCCGAGUGUGUUUGAGAGGUUGGGCACCAAACCAGCGAUCACCGCCGCCGCCGCCGCUCAGAAUACAUCGGAUUACUGCAGAAAUUGGGCCCUCAACGGCAGUUGUUCCUACGGAAAGAGUUGCAAAUACGCAAAUACACACACAUUGAUAAGUCCAUCCAAGCGCGCUAAGAAAGAUAAUGCGAUCGCAAGUACAUCUGGGCUCAUUGAGGAUCCUUUCAAACGGCUCACAUCGAAGAUCGUGAAAAAGGCGUCCCACAGCCCGGACUUAAAUAUAGAAGAGUGGAAUCAGACGGAUCUAGAGUACGAAGACGAAAAGGUGUUGGAGAGACGGCGGCAAUUGUUACAACGGGAACUGGAAUUACAAAUGAAGAAGGAUAAAGAAGUACAUGGCAAGGAUAAAGUAAGGCAGAAGAAAAAAGCAAUGAGCUCCUCUUCUAGUUCGCGCACAUCCAGCACGUCUAGCAGUAGCAGCAGCUCCAGCAGCGAAGAUUCGUCUUCUACUUCUACUUCCGAUUCACACAAGAAAAUCAAAAAGAUCAAGACCAAGAGACACCAUAGUAUUUCCGCCGAUUAUAACGAGGAUAAAGAAAGAAAGAGAAAAUUGAAGCUCAAGAGACUAGGAACGAGAAACGAUAAAGCCAUCAACAAAAAGAAACGCAAACUCGAGAAUAGUUCCACAAAGAAGGAUCUUACCACGAGAUCAGUCAAGAAGUAUGGCACGACGUCUGUAUCCAGAAAGCAUUCCAGCUCGUUGCGCGCUCGAUCGCCUACUGUACAACAGGGUUCUACGAGCGGAGUCACAUCUGUGGCAGCCACAACGUUGGGCUCGCAGGUUUCUGUAGCGCAUCACGCGUCGUCCUCCAGCAAAAUCCGAGAAAGAAACAGGAGCGAUUCGCCGAAAGCGAUAAAGAGUAAUCGAGAAGUGGACAAGGAGGACAGCAGGCAUUACAAGAAGGUGCGUGACAUGGACGAGUGUUUGUCCAAGGACGCUGUCAAGUGCAAGUCAUUCGAUAAAAUCAAGGAACAACAGGAGAAAGAGAAGAAUCGCGCUGUUGACGAGAAGACCAAAGCAGACGAUCGAUUGCGAUCCAAGUGCAAAGACAAGGAUGUGCGUUCGCGUACGCCGCCGCCGCCGCCGUCGUCAUCGGAGCGCUCAUCCAAGUACCAGCACGUCAAGGAGAAUGCGUCGUCGAAGCCACAACGUAGCCGGACGCCAUCGAGGACGAGACGCGAUCUAACUCCGGCGAAGAAUCCUGAGAAGCAAGGCAACUCGUCGAAUCGCGUAAGAGACAUGGAGAAGAAGGAUCGCGACUCGCACAAAAGGGAUAAGAGCAAAGAACGAGAUGACGCGAGGAAGAACGAGCAGACGUCUUCCGGCAAAGCGAAACAGACUUCGGUGACUUCGAAUCAGGACGAGAAUUAUCGAAGGAGCAACACAACGAGCAAAGACAACUUCGAUGAGAAGAAUUACAGCGGCGACAAGGCGCGGCAGAAGAGCCGCGAGCGUCAGCGCGAGAAAGAGACGAGAGACGAGCGUCCCUCGAGGCUGACUCGCGAUCAGCGUCAAGAGCCCCAGCGUGACAAGGACAAGGACGAAUCUCAGGAGCGUUGUCGUAAUGAGAGGCAGCGCGAGCGGGAUCGCGAUCGAGAUCGGGAUCGAGAGAGAGAGCGCGAACGCGACCGGGAGAGGGAUAGAGAUCGCGAACGGGAACGGGAGCGCGAUCGCGAGCGGGAAAGAGAUCGGGAGAUACGUGAGCGGGAUCGCGAGCGGGACCGAGAGAGAGAGAAGUCUAUGAAGUCACGCGAGAGAGACGUGCCCGCUACGGUGAUUUCGCCCGUGGCGUUGAGUCUAUCGGCGGAUAAGGGUUCACGUUACAGCAGCAGAAUCAAGGAACGGCCUUUAGGUAAGGAUAUGUCGUUUGAGAAAGGCGGCGGCACUCGCGAGCGCAGCAGGAGCGAGCGCGAACGGGAACGAUCCGAAACGAAGGCUCUCGCCGACCGGGAACGGAACUCCACGCAGUCACGUCUGGACGGAAGGUACGAGAGAAGUGGCGUUGUUGAAAAAGACAACGUGUCGUCGAGUCGCGGCAAGUCGACCGUCAAUUCGCCCCGAGAUCGCAUGGAUCGUUUUCGGGAGACGUCUUUGGAUCGUGCGCCCUUGCACGACAAGGGCGGGCAUGUCGCGACGUCGUCGAGCGUUCAGUCAGCAGCGACGUUACCGCCCGUGCCGCCGGCGUCGUCUUCCUCAUCGGCAGCAGCCGUGACAUCCGCUCUACCAUCUCGCGAUCAUCUGAUAGACAUGGUGGAUGGUGGUCACUACGACAGGGACCGGCAUAGAAGGUUCGGUGUAAGAUACGAAAGGGGUCACACGUCGGAGCACAACAGUAGAAAGGACCAGGCGCGAAUUGAAUCGAAUCGCGUACCGAACAAGAUCGAUCGAAUAGUAGAUCGUCGAGACGCGAACAGUCCGCGACGCACCAUGGAAGUGGACAGGAACUUUGGUAGGAACUAUGGUAGACUUCCGGAGCACUGGGACGAGCAGGAGGAGACAGCUACACACGUCGAGUAUCGUGAUCACGUUCACAUUCACGAGGAUGACAGGAGAAAGACCGUCGAGGGCAGAAGGUACGACAGUCCCUUCGAGGAGAGACGCGUUGCUCGCGACGAGAGACCCAGAGAGUCGAGAUAUGUGAUCCAGACUACGGAACGAGCAUCUUUCGACGAUCAUCGUCAUCAUCAUCAUCAUCAUCGACAUCCUCCUCUCUAUCCUGGCGAUAAACUGAGAAGUGGUGCAGCCAAUAUUAGAGAUGAAACUGUUUCUAAUGACAAUUGGGAGGGACAUCAUCGUGAUGCGGAACAUGGUCGAGACCGUGGUUAUCAAACUGUCGAAUGGGAAGAAAGGGAAUGGCGCACUAGAACGGCGGCCUUGUGGGAAGGCAGAGAUAGUCUUCCUCGUUCAGAGAUACAUGAUGAGGAAUGGAAUUCUCGAUACGACAAUUCUAUGAACGAAUGGAAAUCUAACGAUGCGCGAAAAUGGGAUAAUCAGAACGCGCACGUUCGAUCACAUUACAGGAAUGAGCGCUCGAAGGACUUAGAGCACGGAGAAUCUACACAACACAAUAAAAGACGGUCGUAUAAUGCGCCGGAAGUGAGAGAAGAGCCGGCGAUACAUCCUUCUGCUAAGCAAGCUGCUAUUUACGGCAGCAUGAAAGAAGAACCUAUUAACAAGAAGUUGAUGGAACUCGCUGAAGGUAGAUUGUGCACAACUACUACUCGAGAAAAGUCUACGGAUAAUUUCCAAAAAAAGAAUUUGCAAAAGGAUAAAUCUGAAAUCAAAGAACCCGUCGUGGUGGAACCAAAGCGUUCCAUUGCCGACGAGUCUUUGCAAACACUUCAUACUGAGAGCGACUUGAGUGAUAUUAGCGAUGAUCCUGAUGAUAUAUUGAAUAUGGAAGAAGAUACCACAGAUAUGGAAGCUAAUAAAACACGGGCAAAUAAGAAAACACUGGAUGCUGCACAUCGCGAUGCACAAUCAACUGUACAGGAAUCGACACAGUUAUCUCCAAAAGAAUCUACUGAAGAAACUAUUUUCAAUUCAAAAUCUAAGGAUAAUGCUGAUGCUGUAUCAUUGAAGAAUAUGGAAGAUGAUAAUAUGGAGACUAUGGACUUUGAAGAAAUUUCUGAUGGCGAGCUAGAAGAGGACAUUAAAACAAGUGGCAAAGGAUUAGGUGAUGCCUUAGGAGUCGAUUGGGAAUCCCUCGUGAAGGAAACUCAAGCGAGAAGAAUUGCUCCGUCUAAUCAAGACUCCGCGGAGAAUCGAUGGCAGUGUAAAGCUAUCUUCUAUAGAAUCGGUAUAUCCAAGAAAUAUGCGGGUGAAGAUUUCGUGAAAAAGCUGCUAAAAAAAUAUGAGAAGAAUGAUCAUAAAGAAUUUUUACUAAAUGAUGUUGCACUAAUGCAUACAACGCUCGCGCGAAAUCGGUUACUUCAGGAUAUGGGUAAUGGCGCGAUGCAUACCGUAGAUGAUAUCUUGUAUAGAAAUAAUAAUGCGUGUUACGAUGAAGAUGUGGACUGCGAUCAGGAAACGUGGAAGCCAAGUACUGCCUUAUAUGAAGAAGCAAAAUGUUUAUUGCAGCAAGUAAUAUGAAAAAAUAAUUUGUAUAUAAAAUUACGAAUGGCCACUGUUUUCUUUAUAUUAUUAUAUAUCCAGAAUAUGGAAUAUGAUAUAAGCAGCAGUAUUUUACGAUAAUUUAAAUUAUUUUAUUAAAUGGAAUGUAUGUACAUUAUGUAUUGAUAGCCACUAUCAAAUUUAAAAACACAAGAUAGUUGAAGAAAAUCAAAGAAUCAUAAAUAUAUUAUUUUCAAUUUUCAAAAAGUUUUCAGAAAAUGAAACUUUGUAUAUUAACAAAAAAAUAGUAUACUGUUAUUUCAUUUUGCUGCGAAGUAUUACCCUCUUGCGCAGAUCGCGCUAUCUAUUUCACCCUCUGUAUAAAUAUACCCUGUUUCAUCAAUCUAUUACACAUUAUAACAGAUAUUGUUAUAACAGAUAUUGUCGUAUCACAAUUUAUACAUAUAAUUGACAUGUAGCUAAUAAUAGCUGUUAAAUAUAAUUUUUGUUUGAACAUUUGCAUUUUUACUUUGAUAAAGAUUUGAUUGUCAAUAAAUCUUCGCAUAUUUAAAAAAAAAUAUAUUAAAUAUAUAUUAUAUAUUACAAAUUUUGUAUUAUAUACAAUAUAGUUCAUGUGAAUUAAAGCACAGAACUAAGUAAUUAUGAAAAUAUAAUGUAGACGCAUUCUUUGUUGUAUUCUCAUAAUAUAUGUUUGUCAUGUACUCCAGAUAUCGAGUAAAGCAAUAAAUAUGAACGGUCAAA